CACACUGCCCAUUAGAACACAACUUUCUGCUGCCUGCUGAGCCCUUUGAGUCCUUCAGGCUCUCUUUCAGGAUGUUAGGUCUUCAUGUAGGCACCUUGAUGAUCUCCCUGUUCCUGUGCAUCCUCCUGGAACCUGUUGAGGGGUCUCUCAUGCAGCCCUGUCAGCCCAUCAACCAGACUGUGUCUCUGGAGAAGGAAGGCUGCCCAACGUGCUUAGUCAUUCAAACCCCCAUCUGCAGUGGCCACUGCUUCACCAAGGAGCUGGUUUUCAAGAGCCCAUUUUCCACUGUGUACCAGCACGUGUGCACCUACAGGGACGUCCGCUAUGAAACGAUCUGCCUACCUGACUGUCCCCCUUGGGUGGACCCUCAUGUCACCUACCCUGUGGCUCUGAGCUGUGACUGCAGCCUCUGUAACAUGGACACUUCCGACUGUACCAUUGAGAGCCUGCAGCCAGACUUCUGCAUGACUCAAAGAGUACUAGCGGAUGGUGACAUGUGGUGACAUGUCGGCCAACAUCUCUGCCUAUGUAAUGACAUGUAAUAUUACACCUGCCCAUGUAAUGACAUGUUAUGUUAUGUCUGCCCAAUGUAUGGUGAACUCAAACUGAACUCAAAUGUCAUAGCUACGACAGACAUGGGCUUGUAUGUCUAUGUGAAUGUACUUGUACUCAUAUUGGGAUCUGAAUAAACUGUCUAUAACAUGA